CUUCAAGAGCUGCUGAAGUGUCGCAACCGCCGGCUGCGGCUACAGAAAGAACAGCAUGGRAAAUAUUGGGUGGUGCAGAACCUGAUUAGCGGACGACUCAGUCGUCGCAUGGCCUGCGCCGAGUCCAUAACGUACACCACCAAUGGCGAUUAUACGUUCUUCGAUAACCUCGAAACAAUUGCCGAUCGGUGGUUCGGCCCCAUUAGCUUUGCCAUACACACACCUGGCUAUGAUCUGAAUGCCACACUAGAUGCCAUUCAGUACGUGAGAAACUGUUUGCCUGGCAGCCAGUUGAUCAGCGACUUUGUUAGCUUUCACGUUUACUUCUCCAAUGAGCACAUGCCCGAGUAUGUGCCGUUCGAUGAGGAGGAGGCCCUCAAUUGGCCCUACCGAUGCGUGGAUGAGAAUGGCACUCUGUUGGCACCGCCCUAUCUGCAGAACCGGACGACCAUGUACAAGGYGCAGGCCAAUCUGACGUAUCCCAUCAAUGUGGGCCGAAAUAUCGCUCGCAGGGCUGUCAAUACGCAUUUCAUAUUCGCCUGCGACAUCGAG